GGACUCAGCCAUUGCACUGGCAGAUUUUGAUAAGAGUUUGAAAUGCCUACUACUGUAUUGUAGAUUUUGGAGUUCGCUAACAGUGUUAGUGACUGGAGCUCAUCUUGCAUCACCAGUUGAUGACAAUUUUCUUUGUUCCCUCCCACCCAGUUGAACCAAGACUCUGUAGCCGAUACGCAAUGUCACUUACAACAUUAAUCAGAUACUGCAUUUAAGGUAGGAGGCACGUCGAAUCUAUUUUUAACUCUUACGCAGUCCACGUUGUGCAAUGGGCUUUGGUUGUCGAGUUUAUAUUUUCAGCUGUGAUAUCAAUAGGCUGAUUUUCAGUAAAUGUGACAAGUGGCCUUUGCAGUGGUCAGCUUCAAGCUUUGAACUCUCUGAGGAGGAGAAAAAAAAAAAAAACAACCUUGUGUUGCAGUUUCGGAAAACCUUGAAUGAGGACAUUUUUUUUUCCCACUCCUGCUUUCCCUGUUGAUAAACUCGGUUCUCCUGAUCACGGUCUAUUCAAGCUGCUUCCCAUCUGAUUUUUGACAACUGCUUCUAAAAAAUCACCAAGAAGACCAAGAACAGAACUUAUCUCCAUUGCUUUACUUAAAAAUGGCUGGGUGCAUUGCCAUGCUAACACUGCACUAAGUGGUACACGCAGGCUGAUACACAGUAGCCACAGAGUUCCCAAAAUUACUGAGAUGGUUUUGCCGAAAAUACCUGUCGAUACCACUUUUAAAAGACUCUAAGAGAAGAACAACGUGAUUUUAGAUGACAGUCAUGUCCCAUUCAAAGGAUUUCAAGGAUGACUUCCACAGUGACACUGUACUUUCCAUUUUAAAUGAACAGCGCAUUCGGGGUAUUUUAUGUGAUGUCACCAUAAUUGUGGAAGAUACAAAAUUUAAAGCCCAUAGUAAUGUACUGGCAGCUUCAAGCCUUUACUUUAAAAACAUUUUUUGGAGUCGUACUAUCUGUAUUUCAGGUCAUGUACUGGAGUUAGAUGAUCUCAAAGCUGAAGUAUUUACAGAAAUACUGAAUUACAUCUACAGUUCCACAGUAGUUGUUAAGAGGCAGGAGACUGUAACGGACCUUGCAGCUGCAGGGAAAAAAUUGGGAAUAUCAUUUCUAGAAGAUCUUACAGAUGUUAAUUUUUCAAGUUCCCCCUGCCCCUAUGCAUACUGUAUUAAUGAAAAGGGGCCUGUCAAAGAGGAAAAACAUGAAAAGAGACAUGAAGACUCCGCUGUGACGAAUGGACCACGAAUUACAAAUGCAUUCUCGAUUUUUGAAACAGAAAACAGUUUGUUUUCUCCACUUGAUUUGAGGGCAAACUUUAAAAAGGUAUCUGAGACAAUACCAGCUCCCAACAUCAGCCUCGACAGAAGCGAUGUUUGCAAAGAUGCUGAGCCAGCCAGUACACUGGCUGAACACUCCUACGCAGUUUCUUCUGGGGGAGAUAAUUUUCAAGCAACACCUUUUCCUGAACAGGACAGCAGCCCUUCAUACAAGGUGGGUGAAGACCACUAUGAAAAUCUCCAAGCCACACCACUCAUUAAGGCGGGAAAACAAGCAUGUAGUGCUCCUAAGACAGCCUUUAAGCCCCAAGGUGCUGGUUUGGCUGUAGCAAAAGUACCGGCCUCUACAGUAACCACUACAGAAGCGCAACAUGAAGCAGUUACUGAUCAGACAAUUGCUUCCUUUCCAAAACCUCAAAAUAAAGCAGGAGAUAUUCCUUUAUCCAGAGAAGAGGAAAACAAUUCUGCUAAUGUCUCUGGAUCCGUGGCAACUGUUCCACCUGUUUACAAUUGUAACUGUUGUGCAAAAUCAUUCAGUGACAGGGCAUUACUCAGUACUCAUCUUCAGCUCCAUUCAGAGCAUCAGGAAACCUUCAUAUGCAAAUACUGCAGCAAACAAUUUGCAAAUCUAAAUAUACUAGAAAGUCAUGAACAAGUCUGCAUGAGAUCAAGUACCUUAUCGGUUCACAAUGGAAAUGAACAAAACUUUGCAGAUAACUAUACCGCUACAGACGGAAGGAAUGGAAGUUCAUAUGCAAACACAGAGCCACCUCUGUUGUCUGAAAACAGCAUCACUGAUUAUUCUAAUGCAAACUGCACUUUACCAGAAACGGAUCAUUUGGUUAAAGUCGUUGAUGGGCAGAUAUUAUACACUUGCAUCGUUUGCAAGCGUAGUUAUGUAACAUUGUCUAGUCUUCGAAGACAUGCAAAUGUGCAUUCAUGGAGAAGAACGUAUCCUUGUCACUACUGCAAUAAAGUAUUUGCAUUAGCUGAGUAUCGCACCAGACAUGAGAUCUGGCACACUGGAGAAAGACGGUAUCAGUGCAUUUUCUGUCUGGAGACUUUUAUGACUUACUAUAUCCUAAAAAAUCAUCAGAAGUCUUUCCAUGCAAUUGACCAUCGUCUCUCAGUAAACAAAAAGACAGCCAACGGAGGCUUAAAACCAAGUAUGUACCCAUACAAACUUUAUCGACUUUUACCUAUGAAGUGCAGGCGACUACCUUAUAAGUCCUACCGAAAUUCUUCAUAUGAAAACAUUCAAACAAGUAGCCAGGUUAAUGAAACUGCUUCUACUAACUGUUUCAUUCCGAGUUCCCUUAGCUCUGAGCUACCACCACUGAAUUUUCAAAGUAAUAUAAUAGCAAGCAACAGAACUCUGGCCUUGGAUACAUCUUCAUGUAAUGAUACAGCAUCUUCCACGAAAACUCAGAAUUCUUCCUCUUGGGGAGUAGGUAUAUUAAAUUCUGACCUGCAGAGGGACUUUUUCACAGCUGAAAAAAGAGUUUCCACUGCUGCAAAUGACUCUGGUUCUCAGGAGUGUGAUUCCUCAGUUGUGUCUUUAACCAAUGUGAAUGAAAAUUCAACCUCUGUCAUCAGUUACAGCAGUUCUGCACCCUCUGUUAUAAUGCACAGUAGCAGAGUUUCAUCAGUAAUAAUGCACAGUAAAACAGUCACUUCUGUAGAAAACAAUAAGACAGAAUCUUCAAAUAAUCUACCUACUCAGUCUGUAAGCGAUGAUUCUAAAUAUGGGUCAGAUAAUUAUGGGAAGUGCAUUACAAAAUCAAAACCUAUUAAGGAGAAAAAAAAACCACUCCUGUACAACAGAGGAGAAGCAACUGAGGAUACGCAGCACGUCACAGGAUCUGGAGGUUCAUCUAGCAAAACAACAAAUACUGUCCAAGAAUCAAGUAAAACUGAAACGUACAUUGCAAAGCCUGCCUUACCUGGAACAUCUACUGACAGCAACGUUGCACCUCUCUGUCAAAUAACAGUAAAAAUUGGUAAUGAGGCUAUUGUAAAAAGACAUAUAUUAGGGUCUAAGCUGUUUUGUAAAAGGGGACGAAAAUCUAAACACGAGUCCAAACAGGACAAUCUAAUUGAGGAAUCAGAAAUGGAGAUAAAAGAAAGAAGCCCAUCUAGGCUAUACAGCUCAGAAAGCCUGGAGCUGACAGAAAUGUGUGAUGACGUAAGUGACCAGGACUCCAGUGAUAAACCUUGGAGACCCUAUUAUAAUUACAAACCAAAAAAGAAAUCCAAACAGCUAAGAAAAAUGAAAAAGACCAAGUGGAGGAAAAAGCACGGAAGCAAGAACACCAUUAUGGAGAGCCACAACACAUGCAGUCGAGAGUAUGCGCUCAGGAAUGCUCCUGAGGAGAAGGCAAUCAGUCAAGAAGAGAACACAGAAAUGCCUAAUCUUCAUUGUGAGCUCUGUGAAAGGGAUCAAUCUUCCACUGCAGAAAUUCAAGAACACGUACAUUGGCAUGUAGCUACUUCAAAGCCUUACAUUUGUGAAUUAUGCCAAAAACAAUUUCAAAGUCCAUCCACUUUAAAAAUGCAUAUGAGGUGUCACACUGGGGAAAAGCCCUACACUUGCAAAACCUGUGGUAAGUGUUUCUCAGUUCCUGGAAAUCUACAGAAACACGAACGUAUUCACCUGGGGGUCAAAGACUUUGUCUGCCAAUACUGUAAUAAGGCAUUCACUUUAAAUGAAACACUCAAAAUACAUGAAAGGAUUCAUACUGGAGAAAAACGCUACCACUGUCAGUUCUGCUUUCAGAGCUUCUUGUAUCUUUCUACCAAAAGGAACCAUGAGCAAAGACAUGUACGUGAGCAUAAUGGAAAAGGAUACGCUUGCUUUCAGUGCCCCAAAAUUUGCAAGACAGCAGCUGCUCUGGGAAUGCACCAGAAGAAACAUCUCUUCAAAAGUCCAGGUCCACAAGACAGAAAAGAACAGUUUUGCAAUGAAAGCACUAAACUUUUGGAAAAUCCACAUUUCCUUGGCUCAGAAGGAGGUGAAGUCAAAAAUACACAAAAUGUAGCUCCAGAAGUUAUCCUCUGAGUGACAGUUGUGCAAAAGCAAAGAAAAAUCCAAAACUAUAUAUUGGAGAAAAUAUAGAUGCAUUGAAUGGGGAAAGCCUCUCCGCUCAAAUUAGAAUAAUUUACUAAGAUCAAAUUUCUUCAUCUAAAUGUAUCAAUAUAUGCAAAAGAAGUAAAAAUAACACAGAAAAGAAAAACUAGCGUUUGCAAUAAUACAAACUUAAUGUGAAAGACCCAAAAUACUUUUGCCACAACAGACUUCUAACAUAUAUAGAGAGAGAGAAAGAAAAAAGGAAAAAAAAAAAAGACCAACCAAAACCCUUCUACUUAGCAUUACAGGAAACUAGCCACUGAACUAUUGUACAGUGCUGUUUUUGAGUCAGAAUCAUUCUAGGCAAAAUAAAUACGUAGGUUCACAGUGUACUAUGUAGAAGGAAUUUUUGCUGCAGAAACCAUAUAUUGCAUUUUUUAACAAAAAGUAAUGUGUUUAUAAACAAAAUAAUUGUAAUGUAGUGUAUUCUAAAGUGAAAGUGAGAAAUGUUUCAUGAACUUGGGUAUGCUGAAGUACAGUUGAGUUCUGGCGUGCUUUUCUGUAACUCAACAUUUACAAAACAUAUUCAGGAGUUUAAACCUCUUUUCUUUUCCAUAUUCAGUUUUGUAGUUACCAUAAUAACCGUUAAGUCUGAGUGCUUGUGUGGAAAGUAUUCCAGAUUUAUGAUAUCUCUGAGACAUUUAAUAAAGAUUCAGUGGAACUCACAACAGCCAGUCUUCCAAACUGCAUAAAUCCCAAUGUCAAUGGCCUGGCGGAGCUGUUCAGGUGCAUUUGUCUAAAGAAAACUGUUCUUGUGAAACAGCCUUGCUUAAAGAAAUCCUGUAUAUAGACGUCCACCUCCUGGUGCGUCUGCAACUUCUGUCUUUUAGAAAUACCAUUGUUCUCAGCAGAAGAGGAGGAGUUUUAGACAGAGUCUUCUUCCUCAUCCUGGAAUAAUGCCUGGACAACAAACGACAGAGCAACUCCCCAUAAAUAUUUUCAUUUUGGGAGGAGUAGGUAAAUACUCAGAUUCUUGCUUCCAUAUAUAUAUAUAUAUAUAUGUAUGUAUGUAUAUCCCUGAGGCAGUCCCUAUGUAUUAACAGGGAUAGGUCCAGUUUGUGGGGUUCCCUGUCAUCCCCAUGCCUUAAAUAACAGCAUCUGACCUUCGCAUAUCCCUCCGGAGUGAUUCCCCCUCACCAUGCCAGCAUCUCACCCAGGCAAGCUUCGUUACAGUGUCCCUUGGACCAGCACAGCCGGCCCAUGGCACAGAGGUGCCUGGAAGGGGCUGCUGGAGGAAGAAGCGUUGGCCUUUCUGCCUCCCUCAUCCUGCCACACCAGAGGGUUGCAGUGAGCCCUACGGCUUCACGGUUUGCUCAGAAUUGUCAGAAUAGGCUUCUGAAAGACACCACCAAAACAUUACAAUUAAUAUUAUUUUUUGAAAAUGUGUAACUGAGAUUAUGAGAUUUUAAAAAAGUCAAAGAGGGUGUAUGUGUACAAGUUGCAGUUUAUGAGAUAGGGCUCUGUUGUACUGUAUCUGCGUUUCCAAUUAGUCAUGUAGGUUCAUCUCCAUGAAGUGAUAAAUAAUUAAGUCAGGACGAAGGUUAGUGAACCUUAAAUUCAUUGUACGUGCAAAUAUAGUACACAGUUUGUUUACUUACUUUGUCGUCUUGAAUAUUUUAAAGGAAACUAUAGCUUGGGUACAAUAAAACUACCAGUUGAAAUGAGUAUACAGUAUUGAUUGAAGUAAUAAUACAGUCCACUUAUUUAUUCCAUCAUCGGUGAAUGCUGUGAACCCCUUGAGAAAUUUUGGUUUCAUGGCAGCUUUGGUUACAUUUAAAUAAGGAUAAUAGAAGAAUAAACACAGGAAAGUAUGAUGAUGUUUCAAAGAAAGUACACAAAGAUAACUUCUAAGUGGACUUGUAUGAUAAUUAUAGACCAAAGCAAAUAAGGUAGAAUAUUUAUAAAUAUAAAGAUAAUUUUACAAAUAUUUUAUAUAACUGUAUAGUUCUUAAGAAAAAUAUUGAUAGCUUGUGUUAGGUUUGGGGGGGCUUUGUAUAUUUUGAUAAAAACACAAUGACUUUGUAACUCUGUAUAUUCUCUACAGUUUAUAGCAAAGCAGUUUUAAGAUGGCAAUGUCAUGUUUAUAGUUCAAUUGUGGCACUUUUACUACAAGUUACACGUUGCAGUAAUGAGUCAAGUAUUAAUGACCAAAUUAGAAUUAAAGUAAGUGUAAGAGAAGGUAAAUACUAUACGUUGUCAAAGACUGUAAUUUGCUACAUAAUCGCAUCUGUAUUUUUGUUUAGAAGAAAAUAUUAAAUGCAGAUGUUAAGGAUUGAUAAAGAGUCUAAUUUUAUUUUUAGAAAGAGUGAUUAUAACUCUGUUUUUGCUUAAUUAAAAUAACAUCUUCCUAUUUUUCUGUAAGUCUCUCCAUUUUUUAAGUUAUGUUAAUACUUACAUAAUCUAUAAGAUCCAGAGAUACGUAUCUUCUAAUAGUUAUUUUGUUAGAAGAUUAAGCAACACAGUUACCAAAUGUUCCCUUCGUUAAGGUCAGAACAGUGGAUCGAGAACACAUCGGAGCUCAAGGGAAGUGAUGGGCUCUCCUGG